AUGUUUGUGGCUCGGCAUCCGGCGUUUUGCUCCUUUGUGAUCAUUGUUUCCCAGAUUGCUUCAACGGCAAAACUCGCGUGGAACCUCGUCUCUUCUUUGCGUAAAGCAGAAGAAGGAAGAAAAGACGAAAAGGAAAAACAAGUGAGCGCCGACGCGUUGGUCGACGAUUUGCUGAAAGUCGUGAAGAAAUCUGAGCAGCCCUUCUCGAUGGACGAUGUUGUGGAGGAUUUGAAGAAACAGAAGAAACACUCAAAAGAAAAGAAGCAUAAGAAGAAGAAAUCGAAAAAGUCGCGCGACAAGGACCGAAGUCGAUCCGCGAGCAGUGAACGUCGAUCACGGAAACGCGAAAAGGAGAAGAACUCGCCGAGUAGACGGAGACGGAAAAGUGGAUCGAGCUCUCCUUCAGAAGAAGCACUCAAAAAACAUAAAACACCAACUUUUGAUAAGAUUUCUUCCGACGAUGAUCUACCACUUGGCGCCGAUUUCCAUAGUUUACAAUCAACGAAGGCGGAUAAGGAAAAUGGCAGUAAAGCUUCGAAAUCCGCCGAUUCUGUCGCUGAGAAAGAGUUCAUGCUACCUGUUCGCUCGGAUAAAGAUAAGAAAAAGGAACACUCACCAUCGCCGCCAUUAGUCAAAUCGGAGAUUCUGAAAUUGGAUGUGAAUGAGAAAAAGAAAGGCGAAAUGGUGCCACGGAUCAUCAAAAAGAUCGCGAUCGGAAAGUUGAGUCUACCGGUGGCGAAAGAAGAGACGAAAAAGAUAGAUCAACCCGUUGUCGAAGAGAAGGAACCAAUGCCGUCAACGUCAACAAUGAAGGAUGAACCAAUGCCGUCAACUUCAGCUAUUCCUCUACCAACUUCACUGUCAGCACCAAAUCUUCCAAUAGAAACGAAUGGAUCGGAGAUUAAACUACCAGCUGAACCCACAGAAAGCACCGUGUCUGAGCUGGUUACAGACGAUAUUAGUGAUGGAUCGAUUCCUGAAGAUGUGAAGACGGGAACAGCUAUCAAGAAACGAGAAUCGAAGCAUUCAUCGCGUCGUCGUUCCGUUUCUUCGUCAUCUGAUGGCUCAGAUACAGAGAAAAAGAACAAGGCUGGAAAGGGUCGUGGAAAACGUCUUCCCGGUAUGCACAGUGAACGGGAUAAAGAUAAUGGAAAAUCGCCGAGAAAACGCCCAGCAACUUCAUCGAAGAAUGAGAAAUCGAGACGGUCAAGAUCCAGAUCGACUUCGCGGAAAAGGGCCCGCCGAUCAACUAGCAAGUCAAAGAGAAAACGAUCAAAGUCAAGAUCUCGCUCACCAAGGCGUCGACGAUCAUCAUCCCCAAGAAGCAAUCGAAACUCUCGCCGGAAGAAUGAACGCGAUCGAAAUAAAGAUGAUGGUGAUGCAAGAGAAGAGAAAAUCGAUAAAGGAAAAUUGUUGGCCAUUGCAAAGAAGAAAUCACGCUUGUUGCAACAGAUGGGUAUCAUGACCUCAGCUGGUGAACCAACAAUGGCCGCCACGAUAUCCGGGAAAUCAAUUGAUGAGCUUGUCGAAUACUGUCAACGAGUCUCGAAACGUGAAGAGAAAGAAGCGCAACGAAAGCUCGGUGAAGAAGUCUCAAGUGACAGUGAAUUCGAGGAUUUCAUGGCUGGCACUGUGAAGCAUCCAUAUGCUGUCAAUACAACACAAACAUUGGGUGGAAUCACGAUAAACAUUGCGAACGCGGUUCCAUUGCCGAUUCGCACCGUGCAAGAAAGGAUGCUCGACGAGUCGACGUUGAGAUUAUGCUAUCCAGUGAGCAGUGGAACUAUUCACAAAGAGAAAACGGAUACCGAAUGGGUGCCCGUGGAUAAAAAUGAUGUGCCAGUGACGGUGACGAAUGCUGUCAAGCAACACAAAGCCGUGACGAGUCUACAAAUUGAAGAGGCAAAGAAGCAAGGAGUUCAAAUCACUCCAUCUCCACUCAUUCCACCACCGCCAGUUCCGCCCUCAUUUGACAAUCUCCUUUCCGGACCUGGAGCUCCACCGACUUUCAUUGAGCCUCUCCUCCCACCGCCACCACUUCCGCCAAUGUUCGUACCGGCAUCCGAGGAUAAGAUCAUCAUCAAGGAUCCAAAAAAAUCGAAAAGAGAUGCUCCAGCAGAUGUGGCCAAAGUGUUGGCUCUACGUGCGUCGGCAAUGCAAAAGCUCGAGACUGAUCCGAACGAUUAUGAAUCUCGACAAGCGAUUCAGGAAUGCGAUGAAGAUAUGCAAGCUUGGGCAUCGCAAAGUCAUGGAUCGGUGCCGGGAAAGUUCACCGGAUCGACUGGAUUACGGACAUUGACAGCCGACGAAUUGCAGCCACACGAUCCACGUUUUCAUGCAUGGGUAAAAAAGGAUCAAUUCAAAAUCAUGAAACCGUUGACAACCGGCGUCGGAUUACGACUCAUGCAAAAGAUGGGAUGGCGACCGGGUGAAGGACUGGGAAAAGAUCGAAUCGGUGAUGUCGAACCGUUGCAAUUGGAUGUGAAAUUUGAUCGGAAAGGCCUCGCUGCUUCAACGGAACAACGAGGGAAGAAAGGCGGUGGAGUCGUCCAUCCGACACAGCAGAUCUCGCAAAAUGUGGGCGGUGGAGCGGCGUGGAAUCCGCCGGAUCUUGGAGCUCGUAACCCGAUCUCGUUGCUGAUGGAGUUUGCGGCAAAGCGGCGCCUAUCCGCCCCAUCAUUUCGCUUCAUCGAGGAAGGACCGCCGAACUCGCGACGCUUCAAUUGUGCGGUAAUCGUCAACGGCGUCGAAUACGUGCCAGCGGUAUCGAGUGCGCAGAAAAAACACGCGAAAAACGUUUGUGCACAGGUUGCCCUGCAAGCCCUUGGUAUAAUUCGUGCUGAUCCAACGGUUCAA